GAGGAAGUCGUCUGCGCAGGCGCCGCGAGGCCGCGGAGCUUUCUGGGUAGAGAUGGACGUCCACGAUCUUUUUCGCCGGCUUGGCGCGGGGGCCAAGUUCGACGUGAAUCGCUUCUCCGCGGAUGCAGCUCGAUUCCAGGUAGGAAAAAGGAAAUAUGACUUUGAUUCUUCAGAGGUGCUCCGGGGACUGGACUUCUUUGGAAACAAGAAGUCUAUCUCAUGUGAGUGUGGAGCAUCACAAACAGACCAGAAGCUCCAAAAUGAAGAGAAAAAAGAAGAGAACCUAAUUGAAAGGAAGAGGGAGACAAACAAGAAAAAGAGAAAGAAGAUGGUUUCAGAAAAUCCUUUUCAAGAUGAAGCUACUACUAUACAGUGGAUAUCAUCUGUGGAAGCAAAGAUUGAAGAUAAAAAAGUUAAAGAAGAAAAUAAACUAAAUUCAGAAAAGUUGGAAGAGCUCAGAAAGGAAAAGUUAAAUUUCUUCAGGAAUAAAUACAAAAUUCACGUUCAAGGAACUGAUCUUCCUGACCCAAUUGCUACAUUUCAGCAACUUGACUGGGAAUAUAAAAUUAAUUCUCGACUGCUUCAGAACAUUCUAGACUCGGGCUUCCAAAUGCCUACACCAAUCCAAAUGCAAGCCAUUCCAGUUAUGCUGCAUGGUCGGGAACUUUUGGCUUCUGCUCCUACAGGAUCUGGGAAAACUUUAGCUUUUAGCAUUCCCAUUUUAAUGCAGCUGAAACAACCCACAAAUAAAGGUUUCAGAGCCUUGAUUAUAUCUCCAACACGAGAACUUGCCAACCAGAUUCACCGAGAGUUAAUUAAAAUCUCCGAGGGAACAGGAUUCAGGAUACACAUGAUCAACAAAGCAGCAGUGGCAUCCAAGAAAUUCGGAUCUAAGUCAUCUAAGAAGUUUGAUAUUCUUGUGACUACUCCAAAUCGACUGAUCUAUUUAUUAAAACAAGAUCCACCAGGGAUAGACCUAACAAGUGUUGAGUGGCUGGUAGUAGACGAAUCAGACAAACUAUUUGAGGAUGGCAAAACUGGGUUUAGAGACCAGCUGGCUUCCAUUUUCCUGGCCUGCACAUCCCACAAGAUCAGAAGAGCUAUGUUCAGUGCAACUUUUGCAUAUGAUGUUGAGCAGUGGUGCAAACUCAACCUAGACAAUGUCAUCACUGUAUCCAUUGGAGCAAGAAAUUCUGCAGUAGAGACUGUAGAACAAGAGCUUCUUUUUGUCGGGUCUGAGACUGGAAAACUUCUGGCCGUGAGAGAACUUGUUAAAAAGGGUUUCAGUCCACCUGUUCUUGUUUUUGUUCAGUCCAUUGAAAGGGCUAAAGAACUUUUUCAUGAGCUUAUAUAUGAAGGUAUUAAUGUAGAUGUUAUUCAUGCGGAAAGAACACAGCAACAGAGAGAUAACACAGUCCACAGCUUCAGAGCAGGAAAAAUUUGGGUUCUUAUUUGUACAGCCUUGCUUGCAAGAGGCAUUGAUUUUAAAGGUGUGAACUUGGUGAUUAAUUACGACUUUCCAACCAGCUCAGUGGAAUAUAUCCACAGAAUAGGUCGAACUGGAAGAGCAGGGCAUAAAGGAAAAGCUGUUACAUUUUUUACUGAAGAUGAUAAACCAUUAUUAAGAAGUGUUGCCAAUGUCAUACAGCAGGCUGGAUGUCCUGUACCUGGAUACAUAAAAGGUUUCCAAAAAUUGCUAAGCAAACAAAAGAAAAAAAUGAUUAAGAAACCACUGGAAAGGGAGAGUAUUAGUACAACUCCAAAAUAUUUCUUAGAGCAAGCUAAAGCUAAGCAGAAAAAGGCCACUCGCCAGAGCAGCAAGAAGAAGGUAACCCUUGAAGGCAAAAGUUAAAAACAAAUUUUAAAAAAAGAAAAUGUAAUUUUAUGAUACCAUGAUAUCAGCAUGAACGUUGUUUUCAUGGAAUACUUCAAGUGUUACAAUCACCGCUACCAAACAUCUGAAAUCAACUACAAAUACAUGAGUCUGGGGAAAAAUAAUCGCUAAGCUAUCAAUGCAUCAUGUCACAUUUCAAUUCAUAUGUGAAAAUUAUAUAAUGGAAAUAUCAUUGACAUUUCUGUGGUUUGAAUCUAGAGACAUACUUCUUAUAGAAGAACAAAUGCUUAUGGUAAAAGUAACAACACCCAAAUGUGGUGAACUCUUAAGGAAUUUUCCCUUCAAGUGUGAAGGAAAGUGUGAUGUAUGUUGUGGAGAGGCAUCUAGAACAGAAUUUUAAAAUGUUGAGAUUGAAUACCCCUUCUCACAUUGAAUACCCCUUUCCUCACAUUUGUUUUGGCGGGGGAGGGGUAGAUAAGGAGUAGCGCAUGUAGUCUAUCAAGAAGAAAUAAAUUCUCUUUAAUAUUUCUUAAUUUGUUAAAGUCUUUUGUGGUGUUAGCCACAAUAAAGGAGUAUCUCUUCUAUGUCUUGUUAUUCAAGUUCCCUAGGAUUUUAAAUUUUGUGGUCUGUUUAAGUUAUCCUUGUGUCUCGUUGGGAAGGUAGGUCAUAUGUAGCUGUCAUGAUGUUGCAACCACAGAUUAUGAUCAGGCUCUUCCUUUCUUAACUUCAUUCCCUAUCAUGUAACUAUAUUCUUUCCUGUCUCUCCAUUCAAGAUGAUUUUUGCUCGAAAACUGAUAACAGUGUUUUAUCCUGAGAAGGAAGAAUGUUCCUAUUACUUGAUACACCUGGCUUCAUUCUCUUCUAGCUUAUCUUUCCUGAGGCUUGAUGGCUUUGAUCCAUUAGUGGAUCUCUGUAAUUAAGUGGGUCUCUGCCAAAGUAAAGGAUUAUGAUCAUAUGGUGAGUAAGGCUACUUACUCUGAGCAGUGUUCUCAAUUACUAGUUUUGUGCAGUGGAAUAAAAAAGACUUCAUACAAGUAAAGCACUUAGAGUGGUGCCUUAGGAUGACAUGAUUACUAUGAGUACUAACACAAUACUAUGUAAUGUACAUAACUUUUCUUAGCAGCUUUUGAAUUAAACUUACUUCCUUUACUCUCAUCCUUUCAUUCUAGAAUCAGCACAGGUAGAUUCCAUCUUGAAUUUAACUGGGACCUUUUGCUACACAGUAUAAUG